AUGGCGGAAACCCGAGGUCAGGCUCCCACUGUCAAGUUUAGUCAGGCGGACUCUAUGCGGAAACAAGGAAUCAAAGGAGGCUGGGGGAACUUGAGUCCUUCAGAAAAAGAGGCUCGAGAAGUUGUUGCCGAGGUUCUUUACGAAAUCUAUAAAGCGACCAUGCUACAGAACAACGGAGAAGAGGCCCAAGGACUGAUUGCCUCUGAGUGCGUGGAGAAGGAGCUUUGA